AUGCCCGAGGCAGGCUUCGCCUACGGGCCCAGCAACGCGGCCGUCAUGCACCUGACGAAGCAGCUGUCGACGGUCCUGUCACCGCUCAAGAUACGGGCCAACUCCAUUACCCCGGGCAUUUACCCGAGCGACAUGACCGAGUCCACAUUUUUCAAGGACUCUGCCAACCAGGAGGGCGGCCUAUCCAAGGAGGCGGUGCCGCUGGACCGAUGUGGCGCCGAGGAGGAGCUGGCCGGGGCGGCGCUCUUCCUGGCCAGCAAGGCCGGAGGCUACGUAGACGGCAACAUUCUCCUGACGGACGGCGGACGUCUUGGCAUCAUGCCAGGAUCGUCCUAG